CCAGUUUAUAAUCUGCUGCUUUAAAAGGUUUAUCCUCAGCAUCUUCUGCUUUCUCCCUCACCCCUCCCCUCCUGGGAGCGAGGGGAAAAAAAAAAGUCAGCCAAGCACCAGGCUCCAGGUGGCUCUCAAGUACUUCACUGCCAAAAGAAAAAAAAAAAAAAAUCGUACGGUGGAAAACAAGUGAGAAAGGGGCUCCCCAGAGGAGACUGGUUCAGACUGGAAGGCAGCAACAUUCGGAAAGCGCGAGGACACAGCUCACACCGGUCGCCCGCGCGCCGAGCACAGGGACGCUUUCGCUGCAAUUAGCCCGAGCUGGAGGCGCUGGCGGAGGCUGCAGGCUGCGGCGGCCCCGGGGGCCGGGCAGGGUCCCGCAGCCCCCAAGCUCCGGGCAAAGGCAUCACGCUCGCUUCUCCCGGCUCCCCUGCUCUCCCCCGCUCUCCCAGCCCCUUCCCCCUCCCUCUUCUUGGCGUUCCCAGCAGCCGAGGGUUUCAGAUGUCCCACCGCCGUUUGACCCCCUCCCUCCUACCCCCCCCCCACCUCCGCUUCUCCACCCCUGCAAAUGAGGUUUGACCAGCGGAGGCAGAGCCCACCUCUGGCUUAGAAUCACUGACAUUUAGACUCCAGGCUUCAACCUGUUUACAAGCGGGCUUUCCAAAGGAAGGGGGGUGCGGGGGGAGGGAAAGAGGGCCAAACAAAACACCAACCGCCAUCCCCCCCGCCACCCCAAACAAGAAGUGACUUUCUGGAGGCUUCAAAUCAACAGGCACCACCAAAAAGAGAAAGCAACAGGGAGAAGAAAACAACGGCUGGCUACCCCGGCAGCCGCCUCCGGUUCUGACAACUCCGAGGGACACACUUUCAGAGCUGGCUAGCGAACAGGGGCUGGUGCGGAGAGGGGCUAGACACUGCCAGCCGCGCCGGGGCGCAGAUAGCUCCCCCAGCCUCCCACCCCAACCCUUUUGGGUUUUGUUCACCGUGCUGUCAUCUGUUUUUCAGACUUUUUUUUCCCCCCUGCAUUUAACAUGGUGAAGAAAGGAGUGAAGAAGAGAACAAAGUAAACUCCUGGGGGAGUGAGGAGGGAGACUGACCCACACCACCACCACCACCACCAGCUCCUGCUACUGCGGCCACCCACGUCCACAUUCACCAGGAGACCCAGGGCGCGCGCGGCGGCGGAUCCGAGAAAGGAGCGAGGAGAGGCAGCCGGCCCUUCCGCGGAGUUAUGGAUGUUGGUGCUUUCACUUCUGGCCAGAUCCGAGCCCAGAGGGAGCUAACCAGUGGCCGCCACCUCCAGCUGUCUCCUUGCCUCGCACCAGGUCUUACCCUUCCAGUAUGUUCCUUCUGAUGAGACAAUUUCCAGUGCCGAGAGUUUCAGUACAAUGUGGAAAUGGAUUCUGACACAUUGUGCCUCAGCCUUUCCCCACCUGUCCGGCUGCUGCUGCUGCUUCUUGUUGCUCUUCUUGGUGUCUUCCGUCCCUGUCACCUGCCAAGCCCUCGAUCAGGACAUGGUGUCACCAGGGGCCACCAACUCCUCUUCUUCCUCCUCGUCCUCGUCCUCCUCGUCCGUCUCCUUGCCUUCCAGUGCGGGGAGGCAUGUGCGGAGCUACAAUCACCUCCAAGGAGAUGUCCGCUGGAGAAAGCUGUUCUCUUUCACCAAGUACUUUCUCAAGAUUGAGAACGGAAAGGUCAGCGGUACCAAGAAGGAGAACUGCCCGUACAGUAUCCUGGAGAUAACUUCAGUGGAAAUCGGAGUUGUUGCUGUGAAAGCUAUUAACAGCAACUAUUAUUUAGCCAUGAACAAGAAGGGGAAACUCUAUGGCUCGAAAGAAUUUAAUAAUGACUGUAAGCUGAAGGAGAGGAUAGAGGAAAACGGAUACAAUACCUAUGCAUCUUUUAACUGGCAGCACAAUGGGAGGCAAAUGUAUGUGGCAUUGAAUGGAAAAGGAGCUCCUAGAAGAGGACAGAAAACACGAAGGAAAAACACCUCAGCUCAUUUUCUUCCAAUGGUGGUACACUCAUAGAAGAAGGCAGUGUUUGCAGAUGCAGUAUAACCAAAGGCUCUUUAUGAGGCAUAGUUGAUAUUCUUUAUGAAGACAGUACUUCACAAGGCAAAGACACACUGCAAAUGUCUGCUUGCUUGAAAGAAAGGAGGCCUUUGAAGGUUUUUGUACUCUCUACUGACAUAUGAUGUUCUCUUAAUUAGUUCUGUGUCCUGCCUUGUGAUCACAAUAUAAACAGAUCAAAUGGAUGGAAUUUAUUCCCAAGUGAACAAUAUUGUGGCUGAGUUUAGGGGUUAAGUUUUUGUUUAUGUUUUUGUUUUUAUCCUCUGAGAUAGAACUUAAAGGACAAGGAACAAUCUGUUGAAUGAUCUUUGGGAAAGUUAUUUAUGGAAUACGAACUCAUUUCAAAGACUUUCAUUGCUCAUUCAAGCCUAAUGAUUCAAUGAGCAGUAAGACAUGCAAGCAUUUACUGGAAAGCACUUGGGUCAUAUCAUAUGCACAACCAAAGGAGCUUUGUGUGUGACGUCAUGGAAGAAUCAGAUAGGAUUAAAAAAAUAUAAACAUGGUAGUGUAAAACUGUUCUAACCAAACAAAUAGUAAUGGUAUGCUUGUGCAUUCUGCCUUCAUCCUUUUCUAUUUCCUUCUAAGUUAUUUAUUUAAUAGGAUGUUAAAUAUCUUUUGGGGUUUUAAAGAGUAUCCUCAGCAGCUGCUCUCUGUUUUACCUUUUCUAUUUCUUUAGCACACCACAUGCAUAUUCAUGACAAAGUGUUUUUAAAACUUGGCAAACACUUCAAGAAUAGGAAAUAAAAUUGGGGAAAGAGUGUGAGUGCCCCAUGCGCUGUCUGUUGAAUUCAUCUGCACUUCUGCCGUAAGAACCAUCCACAAUAAACAUGACAAUACUACGACAUGGCCUGAGUGAGAGAUAUUUGCCAUCAUUUUAAAACGUACCUCACUCCUAAGGCUUCCUUUCCUAAGCAAUAGACCAAAAAACCAAAUUCUUCUCUUUUAAUAAAUCAGUGGGCCUCCAAAAGUACAGUAAAAGAAAGAAAAUUAAUUGUCAAAUAUGUUUUAGUAGCAUAGGCUCAUUACUUACUAAUGAUUUUUUGCCAUAUGUCCCAGUGGUAAAUGAUGAAGAGGCUGUCUGCCUAUAUAAGAACACUUUGCAAGUCUCACAUAGUGUAUCUCCCCCACAGGAACUAUCAAGGAAUUUGGUAUGAAGUGCAACCCCCCUCCCCCACAGGGGCUUAAACUGAGCAAAUAUAUCCUGGUAUAUGUGUAACUAUAUGCUGAAAUUUGUUCAAAUGGUAUGAUCUAGUCUUUGCAAAACCAAAUAAAACUUAUUUUCUGUAAAUUUUAAGAGCUUUGGAAGGUUCCAUAAUGUAACCUUAUUGAAAUUCAUUUUGUUAGAGCAGGUAUAGAAAACAGUACAGAAAAGCAUACCAGUCAUCAUCACAUUGUAUUCCACUAAAUAAAUACUUAAACCUUAUUUGCAGUGUCUGUAGUGAUUUUUAAAAGUGUAGAAAAAUACUAUCUGUUCUAAAUACUUUAAGUGAUAACUAUAAGAUUAUACUGAUACUGCAGUUUUAUCUUAAUAUUUCUUGUUUUGAAAAGGUCUGUUUAUUUUUAUUAUUUGACACAGUAUUUUGGUACAAAGGAAAGACUUACUAAAUGUGUCUUUUUACUAAAGUUUAAGCUCUAGAAAGUCUGGUGUUUUAUCAUCUUCUCUAAUAACUUAAUUGUGUCGAUGCUUAACCAACACUUCCAGUUAAUCUGUUAUUGAAAAAUUAGCUUUAUUAAGAAACUUUCCCAUAAAGUAAUUCCAUUAAAGAUCAUAUUUUUUUCAUUCCUUAAACAAGUUGGGAUUUCAAAGGAAAUGCAUUUGAGGCAGAAUGUUUUGGCUUAUGAUAAACUUGCAUUUUAUGGUACUUGGCUUCCAACUUGCUUUUUGACAAAUGGGAUUCUAAAAAUGUUUAAUUUUGUGGUUGGAAUCUGUGUGUUAAAAUUUAAUUGGUAACUGAGUCUGAAAGCUAUACUGUAAUGCAUUCCUAUGAGAACUAGAUUAUCUUUGUUGUUUUAUUUUAAAAUAAUAAUUGCACCUGACACAUGAACAUGGACCACCCGCAACCAAAAUUAAAUGUUUGGUGAGACAAAUAUAGUAUUAGAUGACCAUGGUAACAGCAAAUAGGGCACAAACUGGAUUCGUAUUUCACAUAGCCAUUUAGAUUACCAAGAGACUAUGUGUAAACAGUCAUCAUCUUAGUACUCAAAACACUAAAACAGCUUCUAGCAAAAUAUAUCAAAGCUUGCAGAAGCCAAAAAUAGAAAACAUCUCCUAUACCUCUCCCCUGUCUCACCCCCAGAAUAAACACAUGGACAGAAAAAAAGAUAGAAACAGUUUGGUAAAGAGUAGUGAGAUUCUCCUGCAUUUAAAAUGGCAUAUUUGCUUGAUGUGGAGAUAGAAUUCUGGUCCCCUUGCAGCUGGAUUGUGCUACUGAAGGAAAAGCGGCUCCAGUCCUGAAUUUUUUUUUUUUUUUUAAUCAUGAGGUUGGUAGUUCUGCCUCUGUAGGAAGUGUGAGCCCUGACUACAAUGUCAAGGUGCAUCAGCCACAAAUGUGUAUCCAUCUGAGUGUUGAUUUCAAGGAGACUCCUCAUAAAGAUAUAGAUUCCCUCCCUCCUCCUACCUCCCAAAAGGCUGAACAGUGUAUAGUAUGUUACAUUUAAAUAAAUCAAUAAAAAUACUGGGUAA